AUCAAUCAUUAUACUCAAGCUUGUCCUCGAGGUUAGCAUUUAUCACAUGUAGUAACACAUACGGUGUCGCCAUUCACGCACUUUAUUUCGGAGACUUAGCGGCAAAAACAUUUGCUCAAACAUUUUUUUUUUUUUUUUUUUGGCGGGUAUAUUGUAACUUAUCUUACCUGGCUUCUACCCGAAUUCGCGCCAUCAUCAUUUCACAUUUCAGUGCUCCGCCACUCCGCACGUGAAAAAUUACGCCGCGAAUAAACGAAAUAAUCAUGGUCAAACGUACACGUACGAAUUCAAAUGAUUAUGAGUGCAUUGCGAGAAAAGUUAAAAAACUCGAACGCAUGUUAAUUCGUGCACGGCGUAAACGUAGUGAUCGACAAGGAUCUGUCGCAUCGCUGUCGCCGUCUUCCGGAUCACAAUCGUCGUCGUCCAGUUCAUCUUCGUCACGGUCCAGGUCAGCUUCACCGCGCCCGCGGCACCGCGCACCCUCAAGACCUCGUUCGUCGCAGGAGCCGAUAAUCAUUGAAGACGUGCCCGACAACGAACAGGAAUCCAGUGUAAGGGUCAUCCACCCCGCGCCCGUCCGGCCAACGGAAAGAUUGGCCACACCUCUUCAGAUGCGCGCAGCAGAGAGCCCAGCAGCGCCUGCUCCACCGCUGACGAGAAGGUCUGCGCCUGCUUUACUUUCGACAAGCGCCGAGCCAGCCCCGACCCCACAAUUAUGCGUCGCUCAGGAGGUAAACAACUCACCAACAUCGUUGCCGCUAGGCGAGCCAGCUAUGGACGCCUCUGACGCAAUGGAUCUCGACGAAGAUCUCCUUAAAAUAUUAGGGGACGACCCCUCUCAAGUCAGAGUCUACGGCAAGGAGGUCAGACCUGAUCUUGCAGUACGCUUGCAACAUAUAGCUACUAAUGGGCUAGGUAAAGAUACACGUAAGGAACUUUUAGACAGGUACUUACCUCCUGCAAAUAGCGCCUUGAUUGAUGCACCUACCCUCAAUCCUGAGGUAAAAGCCGCCGUCCAUGAACAUGUCUUUAAGAGGGACAAAAGCAUAGAAAUACGACAGAAACAGAUUUCAUCUGCAAUUUCCGCCUUAUCAGAGAGCCUUACCUUGCUCUUGACUGAACAACCAAAGAACACAAAGCUGAUACAGCUAUUAAUGGACUCUUGUAAGAUUCUAUGUGACAGUCAGCACGCAGAAUCGUUAGUUAGGAGGAACUUUAUUCUUCAUAACUUAAAGAAGGAGCUUAAAGACGAAUUACAAACAACCAAAAUUGACAAGUUACUCUUCAGUCAGGAACUUGCGGAAAAAAUAAAAGCCGCUAAGGCCAUAAAUAAAUCAGGAGAUGAUUUGAAAGCCACACCAUCGACCUCAGGUCUGCAGGCUAAGAAGAACAAUAAUAAUAAAGUACCCCCCAAGAAUUUAAACUGGCGAGGUCCUCCCCAGAAUUAUUACAGGCCGAAGGGUACUCAGAGGACGAAGGAGCCUGCACUGAAGAGCCGUCGCGACAACUCCUCGAGAAAAUCAUCGCAUCCGCAUCACAGGCGCAGCACCCGCCGAUAGAUAUGGUAAAGUUUGCCGGCCGCUUAGCUCACUUCAGCUAUCACUUCACUGCAGUGGUCACUUCUAACUAACGACAAAAUUAUACUCUCGUGGAUACAAGGUUAUCAAAUACCCUUUUCAAGGCCUGUCGUACAGCGUACGCCACCUGCCCCUAGGGCGUAUUCUGAUUCAGAGAGAACACAGUUCCGACAUUCUGUUAGCGACCUACUAUGCAUAGGCGCCAUUUCGGAAUGUCAGAGCUGUGAAGGCCAAUUUAUAUCCCCAGUUUUUUUGGUACCUAAACCGAACGGAAAAAUGAGAUUUAUCUUAAAUUUGAAAGAGCUAAACAAAUUUAUAAAUACAAAACAUUUUAAACUUGAAGACCUACGCACGGCCUUGAAAUUAAUAUCUAAGGAUAGCUAUAUGUGUAACCUAGAUCUCAAGGACGCGUACUUUUUAAUACCAAUACAUGGAUAUUUUAAAAAGUACCUUAGAUUUACUUUCCAAAAUAAAUUAUAUCAGUUCAAUGUCUUGCCGUUCGGUUUAAACAACGCACCUUAUGUUUUCACUAAAAUUAUGAAGCCAAUCAUUAGUCUGCUUAGAUCUUGCGGCUAUCUGUCCACCGUGUACCUUGACGAUUUGUUAUUGAUAUCUAGGUACCCUAAUACAUGUCUAGAAAAUGUAUCAGACACUAUAAACCUUUUACAAUCCCUAGGUUUCAUUGUAAACCAUGAAAAGAGUAAUUUAACGCCUCAUGCGAGUUGUAAAUUUUUGGGAUUCAUCAUAGACUCAAAAAAUUUAGAGGUUACUUUACCACUGAAAAGAAAUUGAAAAAAUUAAAUCUGAAAUGAACACAUUCCGUAAUUAGAAACGUUGUUAAAUUAGAGAUUUUGCUCGUGUUAUGGGUUUACUUACUUCGGCAUGCCCAGCUGUCGAAUAUGGUUGGCUUUACAUCAAAGAACUAGAGCGUUGUAAAUAUUUAAAUGUAAUUGAUGAUGACAAUUUUGAUAAGUAUAUGACAAUUAUGAUAAGUAUUGUCUAGAGAUCUAUAGUGAUGCCUCAACUAUGGGAUGGGGGGGCCGCCUGUGGUAACGACCGGGGUAGUGGGUUGUGGAGCGCCGAAGAACGCUCACAACACAUAAAUUAUUUAGAGAUUUUGGCCGCCUUUUUUGGACUUAAAGUUUUCGUAAAGUCUUAUCAUGACUGUCAAAUUCUUUUAAGAAUUGACAAUACAACGGCUAUUUCCUACGUUAACCGCAUGGGUGGUGUACAGUUUCCACACCUUACAGACGUAACAAGAAAGUUAUACUUUGUUCGCAUCUUACAUAAGCUCUGCUGAUAAUGUUAUCAGCGUCUGCGAUUAUGUAAUCGCAGACGCUGAAUCUCUUCGAGUCUAUCCAGAUAUAGAGUGGGAACUGUCACAAUAUUAGUUUCAAAAAAUUGUAAAAGAAUUCGGAUCUCCUUAUAUAGAUAUUUUUGCAAGUAGAAUUAACAAAAAAUGUAAAAAAUAUAUUUCAUGGCACAGGGAUUCUGAUGCCUUUAAUAUAGAUGCAUUUACAGUGCCGUGGUCAAGUUUCUAUUUCUACGGCUUCCCGCCUUUUGCAGUCAUUCUUAAGACACUAAGAAAAAUAAUAAAUGACAAAGCUCACGGAAUUAUCGUAGUCCCACUUUGGCCCACUCAACCGUGGUACCCAUUGUUCAAAGCCUAUUAGCUUCUAAACCUUUAUUUUUUCAAACCGAAUAAAGAUCUUAUUAU